UUAAAACAAAUCGUUUCGGAAUAGGAAUCCCACUCACUGCGGCCCUCAUCAUCCCUCCCUCGCCCAUUCCUAUUUGAAGACCGUUCACUUCUUCUCCUCUCGCAUUCCCGGCCAUGGCGAAGAGAAGCCGAGGCAUCGCUCCGCCACUCAUCUCUAUCAUCUUCUUCCUCAGUUUGAUAAAUUUGAUCUCCAGUAACAAGACCUAUAUAGUCUACAUGAACCCUGAUUACAAACCGUCAGUCCACCCAACUGACGCCUACUGGUACGCAUCCCACCUCGCUUCCCUCUCCAUUAACCCUUCUCGCCACCUCCUCUACUCCUACUCCGCCGCACUCCACGCCUUCGCUGCUACCUCUCUCCUCCCCCGCCACCUUCGCAUUCUUCGCCGCUCCCCUGCCGUCCUCCAUAUCCACCCCGACCCCUUCCUCCGCCUCCACACCACUCGCACCCCCUUCUUUCUUGGCCUCUCUCCCUCUUCCCCAUCAUCCCCAUUCCGCGCCGUUGACGCCGCGUCUUACUCCGUGGUAAUCGGCGUCCUCGACACAGGUAUCUGGCCCGAAUCCCCUUCAUUCGACGACACCUUAUUUCCUCCCAUCCCCUCCAGAUGGCGCGGACACUGCGAAGCCGGAGUGGAUUUCUCCCCUUCUCUCUGCAAUCGUAAACUCAUCGGCGCUCGCUGCUUCUCCCUCGGUUUCCUUGCGGGUUCGCCCGGCAAGCCUCCACAGGAAUACGACUCUCCACGCGACCGCGAUGGCCACGGAACGCAUACCUCCUCCACCGCAGCCGGCGUUCCAGUUUUCAAUGCCAGCUUUCUCGGGUAUGCCUCCGGUACCGCCCGUGGUAUGGCUACCGCCUCCCGUGUCGCGGCCUACAAGGUCUGCUGGGCCACUGGUUGCUUUGGAUCCGAUAUCCUCGCCGGCAUCGACCGCGCAAUCUCCGACGGUGUAGACGUCCUCUCGCUUUCUCUCGGCGGAGGCACCGCGCCAUUCUUUCACGACACUAUCGCUGUUGGUGCCUUCGCUGCCGCCGAGCGUGGAAUCUUUGUCGCGUGCUCCGCAGGCAACAGCGGGCCGGGAUGGGGAAGCGUCACCAACGCUGCUCCAUGGAUAGCCACCAUCGGCGCUGGAACAAUCGACCGCGAUUUCCCCGCUUACGCGAUCCUCGACUCCGGCGAACGCUUUACCGGCGUAUCCCUUUACAGCGGUGAAGGAAUGGGUGAAACCCUUGUUCCCCUUUUUUACGACAACCGCAGCAACGCCAGUCGAAUGUGUCUCGCCGGCACGCUGGAUCCUUCGAAAGUGAAGGGAAGAAUAGUACUCUGCGAUCGCGGAGUCAGCGCGCGGGUUGAGAAGGGCACGGUCGUAAAAGACGCCGGUGGUGUCGGCAUGAUCCUGGCCAAUACGGCGGCGAAUGGAGAAGAGCUCGUCGCCGACAGCCACCUCAUACCGGCGGUAGCUGUCGGCAAGAUCGCUGGCGAUAAAAUCCGGAAACAUAUGACUUUGAAUCGAAAUCCAAAAGCUGUUCUCCGCUUCGGCGGUACGGUGGUUGGAGUCCGCCCCUCGCCGGUAGUUGCAGCAUUCAGUUCUCGAGGCCCAAAUCCAGUGACGCCGGAAAUUUUGAAGCCAGAUAUGAUAGGGCCGGGGGUCAACAUACUCGCCGGCUGGUCGGGCUCCGUCGGGCCAACCGGCAUGCCCAAAGAUGGCCGGAGAACGCAGUUCAACAUAAUGUCGGGGACCUCCAUGUCUUGCCCUCACAUCAGCGGUUUAGCAGCGCUGCUAAAGGCUGCCCAUCCGGACUGGAGCCCUGCGGUAAUCAAGUCGGCUUUGAUGACGACGGCCUAUACUCGCGAUAACACCGGCAAUCACAUCCGCGAUGCCGCCGGUGGAUUGGCGGCCACGCCUUUUGCUUACGGCGCCGGCCAUGUGGAUCCUCAGAAAGCGCUGGAACCUGGUUUGGUGUACGAUAUAACGACAGAUGACUACAUUGCCUUUUUGUGCUCGUUGAACUAUACCAUUCCUCACAUCCAGGCGAUCGCUAAGAGAGGCAAUAUUAGCUGCUCGCGCAGGCUAAAAAGUCCCGGCGAUCUCAAUUACCCGUCUUUCUCUGUAAUCUUCAAUGGGAAGAGGAUGACAGUGAGGUACAGCCGAGAGCUAACCAAUGUGGGAGCUGCGGGGUUGGUUUAUAAAGUGAGCGUGGGCGGUCCGGCGAGCGUAACGGUGAGUGUGAAGCCGGUUCGGCUUUUCUUCAAACAGGUGGGAGAGAAGCUCAGGUAUAGCGUUACGUUUGUGUCCAAGAGAGGAGCUAGAUCGCCGGCAGCUACUGGAAGGACGGCAUUUGGAUGGCUGACAUGGAGUAACAAACAGCACAAAGUGCGCAGUACGAUUGCUUACACAUGGAAGACGUGAAUGGAGAGGGUGAGAUUUGUGCGUAGAGGAUGUUCUGGUGUAUUAAGCUGUAAAUUUUCUGUUUUUGAUUUGGGUUUUCUUUAUAAAUUUUGCAUCUUUUUUGUUU